CUGAAUCAGAGCGGGAAUGUUGUUACCCUGGAGCUUCAGAGAUAUCUCCGCGGUCCCAAGUUCGAGCAACUUCAGCAGACAAUCGCUGCCGGCGAGUCAUCUACCGCGCCGCCCGUCCACAACCCCUUCCUACACAUACACCGCCCUGAACACUCGGACGACAUGACGUCACAGACCACGCACCUCCCGCCGCCUGUGGAGAUGCCGGUAGAAGAACCCGAGACUCCGUCGGUCCCCGCAUUCGAGAUGCCUCGCACACAGGAACAAAAAGACGCUAUAAAGAGGAAGUUGCAGUCUAUACUAGGUGAUGACGUGGAGAUCGUGGUGGGCGUGGUGGUACGUGGUGGUGGCGGUCUGGGGAUAUCUCUUGAGGGUACUGUGGAUGUAGAAGGAGGAAAGGAGGUUAGACCACAUCACUACGUACGGUCCGUACUACCGGAGGGACCGGUCGGGAGGGCCGGGGUUCAUCGACCCGGGGACGAAUUACUCGAGGUGAACGGUCACCGUCUGCUGGGUAUGAACCACCUGGAGGUUGUGUCGAUCCUGAAGGAGCUGUCCAGCGAGGUGUGUAUGGUGUGUGCGCGACCCAGACCAGCGCCGCCGCUAGAACUCGCGCCGCCCGCCGCUACACACGUCAAGGCGAAGUCGGAUGGCAGUUUAGCGGGUGCGGGGGCGGAGGACGGAGGGUCAUUGACCGCAGGUGGAAAGGUUCGAUCUAGAAGUCUCGAACCACUCACAGGACUAGCGAUGUGGGCGUCCGAGCCACAGAUUAUUGAGCUGGUGAAGGGUGAACGAGGUCUGGGCUUCUCCAUCCUUGACUACCAGGACCCCCUGCGUCCCUCGCACACCCUGGUGGUGAUACGGUCCCUAGUACCGGGCGGCUUGGUGCAGCAAGACGGCAGACUAAUACCAGGCGAUUGGCUUCUCUUCGUUAAUGAACAGAACUUGGAGAACGCUAGUCUAGAACAAGCCGUGGCUGCUUUAAAGGGCGCCCCUCGCGGUGUGGUCCGUAUUGGCGUGGCUAAGCCUCUACCACUAACAGACGGCCCCCCACCACUACCUGCUACCUCCCCACCACCACACCACUAG